UCGUUCUGCGCAUGCGCACGGAACGCGUACCUUUCUUCAUAAGAUGUCUGAGUCAGACGCUCACUAGUUUACAACCGAGACGUAUUUACGUGUUUCAGCGCUCCUGUUUGUUGUUUCUUCCCACGAAGUGCCUUGGAAACAUUGUCUACAACUGUGAAGAACAUCCUCUCCCUGAGCAACAGAAGUGAAGCUUCAGGAUGGUGAAGGAGGAGCCACAGACCUCCCACAUUAAGGAGGAAGAAGAUGCGCAACAGACCCUGCACACUAAGAAGGAAGAGGAGUACCCACUUACCCCCCGUUUUAAAGAGGAAGAGUACCCAAUGACCCCCCAUUUUAAAGAGGAAGAGGAGUACCCAAAUCCCCCCUAUAUUAAAGUGGAAGAGGAGGAACACAGCAUCAGUCAGGAAGGAGAGCAUCUUGAACAUUUGGAGGAGUUCCCAGUGAUUGGUGUGAUUGUGAAGAGUGAAGAUGAUGAGGUCAAAGGUGAAAGUGAGGAGAAGAGAGAGGCGGAGCCUCCAAGCAGCAGCUCAACUCAACACAUGACAACAGAAGCUGAUGGAGACCACUGUGGAGGUUCACAAGCAGACAAGAUCUUGGCUCCACUAUCAGAUAGUGACGACACAACGUCUCACUCUCCUGACACUGAUGAUGAAGACUCUAAAGAUGAUAAGACAUGUCACACUGACAACACACACUUUAAAUGUUCUCACUGUGACAAAAAUUUUAAAUACCGUGGUAAUCUGGAAGUACACAUGAGAAUACACACUGGAGAAAAACCUUUUUCCUGUUCAAUCUGCAGUAAAUAUUUUACUCAAAAGCCGCAUUUGAAAGUACACAUGAGAAUACACACUGGAGAAAAACCUUUUCCAUGUUCAGAAUGUGGUAAAUGUUUUGUACAAAAUGGUGAUCUUAAAGUACACAAGAGAAUACACACUAGAGAAAAACCUUUUUCCUGCUCAGAAUGUGGUAAAGAUUUUGUACUAAGACACAAUUUGAACUUACACAUGAGAACACACACUGGAGAAAAACCAUUCGUGUGCUCAAUUUGUAGUAAAGGAUUCAUCCACAAAGCACAUCUGACAAGACACACAAGAAUACACACUGGUGAAAAACCUUUUAUCUGUUCAGUAUGUGGUAAAGGUUUCACACAUAGCCACAGUUUGAAAAGACACUCAACAACACACACUGGAUGAAAACCUUUUCCAUGUUCAGUCUGUUGUAAAGGUUUCAUACAAAGUGGUGAGUUGAAAGUAUACAUGAGAACACACACAGGAGAGAAAGAGUUGAGUUGCAGUGUGUUUGGUGAAAGAUUGUCUUCUAAGUACCAGUGUAAGAAACACAAGUGUGCUGGUGAGAACAGCAGCAGCAAAUGAAGCUGCAGGAUUUGAAAUAAACGUUCACUUUCUAACAACAACACAUAUAACAUGUGUGACAUG